UGGCUUUUGCUAACCAUGGAGAGCGACUUUUACCUGCGUUACUACGUCGGUCACAAGGGCAAGUUCGGCCACGAGUUCUUGGAGUUCGAGUUCCGACCCGACGGGAAAUUGAGAUAUGCCAACAACAGCAAUUACAAAAAUGACGUCAUGAUCAGAAAAGAGGCUUAUGUUCAUAAAAGUGUGAUGGAAGAACUGAAGAGGAUAAUUGAUGACAGUGAAAUUACCAAAGAGGAUGAUGCCUUAUGGCCUCCUCCUGACCGAGUAGGCCGGCAGGAGCUUGAAAUUGUCAUUGGAGAUGAACAUAUUUCUUUCACAACAUCAAAAAUUGGUUCCCUUAUUGAUGUUAAUCAGUCCAAGGAUCCAGAAGGCUUACGAGUAUUUUACUACCUUGUCCAGGACCUGAAGUGUUUGGUAUUCAGUCUUAUUGGAUUACAUUUCAAGAUCAAGCCAAUCUAG